AUGGCCAUGAAGUUGCUGUUGGUUUUGGUGCUGGUGGGCGCAGCGUCUGCUGUCCCCGAGGAGGUCAAUUUCGUCAGAGCCGGGACCACGUUCCUCUUCAGCAGCACAGAAACAUUAACUCGAACACUGGCAACGGAAGUCACCACAUUAGCAACAUGCGUGGCUCCCGCCUCCAAUCUGCCCACCUGUUCCGUCAGGGCUGAAGCCCGAUUCUUCGCUUUCGUCCCAACUGCUUUUGAUGAAAGGUACGAGUUGCAACCUGAAGCCCGCGCAUUUAACCACCUUGAGCCUUCUUUCGAGUCUGGUCUGCUAGUUAAUAAUGGCCGUAUCAUCGAGUUUCUGCCGCCGAUCGGCCUUCUGACAGUGGUGACCAAUACAGCGUGGGAGAUCAUGGUCACUGCCACCGUCAGCCAUCCGACUGACACCGUCACGAUCUCCAUGGCUGGGUGCGUGCCCGAGAUCCUCCCCUUCAGCGCCCCUGCCUGUGUCGCGACGGGCACACCAACCACAACCACAGCUACGACUACUACUAGUGGAACCACAGGUACAAGUACGACUGCCGCUCCAACGGCAACUACUACGACUAGUGCAACCAUGACCACGAGUGCAGCUCCUACCACUACUUCGGUGGCGAGUUCGACUUCUACCACAAGUAUAACCCCAGCUGCAACUACGAGCACUACUCCUGCGACUACGACCACAACCGCCACCACAUCCUCAACACCACCUCCUGUAGCCGCGACUGUAACAUCGACUGUGACAACGACAGUGACUGCUACAACAAGCACGACCCCAGCAACUUCUACCACGACUCCUCCAUCCGUCGUAACUGUGACAGCGACUCAGACUGUAACAGCGACGGUGAUAUCCAUUCCUCCGACUGCGCCCACGACUGCAGCCACCUCCUCAAGCACAAGCUCAGCGGCCACUCCAACCGCGACGACGACCUCGAGUGUGACUCCGACGCCGACCUCGAGCCUCACAACCACCCAGUCCUCUCUGGCUACCUCUUUACUCCCCUGAGAGGGACUGAAACACCAAGGAACUUUAUUUCUAAAACAAUAACUGUAGCAGACCCAAUUUGCACGAUGGAACUGAUAUGGAAAUAUAAUGAUACAGAGACUUCUUGUUUGGAACCUAAUGUUGGACAUUAUGCAGAUCAUAAAUAUAA